GUGAGUUUAUCCAGGAAAAGAAAAAAAAAAAAUCACCCCAUCCUUUCCUGCUAACACGUUGGGCCACAGCUCGAGUCGCAGCUCGAAGAGCACGAGACGGAGCGCAGCAAGGAGGCGCGCUCGGUGCGCAACGUCGACCGCGUGGUCCGGGACCUGCAGGCGCAGGUGGAGCGCCGCGACAAGCAGAACGCCCAGCUGGCCGACGACGUCGCCCGCAUGCGCGACAAGGCCGACAAGCUGCUCAAGACCAUCGAGGAGCUGCAGGCCUCGGAGAGCAACGCCGAGCUGGCCGCCCGCCGCGCCGAGCGCGAGCUGCGCGAGGAGCGCGAGAAGGUCCUCAGCCUCGAGCGCGAGCUCGAGGGCUGGCGCGCCAGGGUCGAGAAGGGCGGCGCCGCUGCCGCUGCCGGCGCCGGGAGUGUGUUUGGCGGUAGCGUGAGGGGCAGGCAUGCUGCUGCUGCUGGUGGUGGUGGUGGUGUGGGAUGGGCUGGCGAGGAGAAUGUCAGGAUUCCCCAGCGCAAGAGCAGCCUUAGCAGGGUUCCGAGCUUGACGAAGGGGUUCUUGUAGGCUUGUGGCUUGUUUGGUCGUGUGGGGAGAGGGACUUGGGGAACGGGGUCAUUGCUUUUGAGUCUGGGUAGCUUGUCUAGGUGCGCUAAGGCCAUGGGCAUUCUUGGUUGGGUUUAAUACGAGUGGUGGGCUUGGUGUGGGUGAGGGUGUUCUGCAUAUUGGUAGUGGGAAUGUUCUGGGCAUGCCUUUUCGUAAUGUACCAGCUCUUGUUGUCAUGAGGGCAUGGCAGUGCAGUGCGGGAGUGGCAACGUGCAAGUCAUCGCCGUCUUUGUCGGUCAGUGUAGUCAUGUCUAAUGUUGGUAUUAACUAUGAUAAGCCCGGCUGUGUUGAGCAAAGCCUAGGAGGAAAUUUCCUACAACAAUCUGGACAGUAGGUAUGCAUAUG